AUGGUAUCCCAAGAAACUAUCGAUCACGUCAAGGAACUUAUUGCCGAGAAGGAAAUUUUCGUUGCGUCCAAGACGUACUGUCCAUACUGCCACGCAGCGUUAAACACUCUGUUCCAGAAAUUGAACGUGCCAAAGUCCAAAGUGCUGGUCCUGCAGCUGAACGAGAUGAAGGACGGCGUGGAUAUCCAGGCAGCCUUGUACCAGCUCAACGGCCAAAGAACCGUGCCAAACAUCUACAUCAACGGUAAGCAUAUUGGGGGGAACGACGACUUGCAAGAGUUGCGUGAAACCGGCGAAUUGGAAGAACUCUUGGAACCUAUCCUGGCAAACUAA